AUGCUGAAGAGCUCCAGCCUGGUGCCCAGCUGGGACCGACCCGUGCUGCCCGGCGCGCCGGGCUGCGAGCUGGCCGGCGGCGUGGCACGAGCGCACCCCAUCAAGCACGGCGUGGUGGUAGACUGGGAGGCGUUGGAGGGGCUGUGGGAGCGCCUGCUGGUGGGCGGCCUGCGGGUUUGCCCAGACCAGUGGCCCGUGCUGGUAAGCGACUCGCCGUCGGCGCCGCCCGGAGGCCGCGAGAGGGUGGCGGAAUUGCUGUUCGAGACGCUGGCAGUGCCCGCGUGCCACAUGGCCAGCACCGCGUUGUUGGCGCUCUGCUCCACCGGCGCCCUCAGCGGGCUGGCGGUGGAAGCCGGCGCGGGGGUGUGCCACGCCACGCCCAUCUACGCGGGCCACUCCUGGCAGGAGGCCACCUUCCGGCAGGAGGUGGCAGGCUCUUCUCUGUCGCGCUACCUCCGGGAGCUGCUGGUAGCAGCGUGCCCGGACCUCCAGCUGCACAGCCUGCCCCGCAAAGCCAUCACACAGCUCAAGAAGCGCUACUGCUAUGUGUCGCUGGACUUCGAGGGAGACCUCCGGAACCCUGCCCGCCACCAGCCAGCCAGCUUCUUCCUAGGCAGUGGGCGCUCCAUCCACCUCAGCAGUGAGCGCUUCCGCUGCCCCGAGCCCAUCUUCCAGCCGCGUCUGCUAAGCCUGACUGAGCCGGGACUGCCCGCACUGGCCUUUCGGGCACUGCAGAAGGUGCCCGCGACACUGCGAAAGCGGCUGGCCGACACCGUCGUGCUGGCCGGCGGCUCCACACUUUUCCCUGGCUUCACUGAGCGCCUGGACAUGGAGCUGGAGGCCCAGUGCCGGCGCCACGGCUACGGGGCGCUGAAGCCACGCCUGGUGGCUACGCCUGGGCGCGCCACAGCUGUGUGGACAGGUGGCUCCAUGGCGGCUUCGCUGAGCUCCUUCCAACGCCGCUGGAUGACCCGGGCCAUGUACCAGGAGUACGGCUCCAAGCUCGUGCACGAAGUGUUUAACUAA